CACUACCAACUUUCCACAUGGUGCAUGAUGGAUAACUGCACAAGGCUCUACCUUUCGAUUUGACCAACAAUGCCCGCGGACCGGAGCCUCAAGUAGCGCGUUUUUUCUUAUAUGCUGAUGAAAUGGCAUAUCGAAUCUUAAAUGGGGUGAAUCUAUUCCCCGUGCCCUUGAAACCGGAGAGGCCAGAGGGUGAAUAUAUAUUCCCGUUCCCCAUCUUUUCUCUUUCAUGGAAGCACCCGGAUUCCUUCUGCACCUCCUAUCUUUUUAACCCUAGUUAUUCGUUUAUGGAUAUAUUCCCCGGAUAACAAUGUCUCUCACACAACUUCGACCAGACGGGCCUCCUGAGAAGGCCAGCCAACCCUCAUUCACCGCUAAUGACUUGACAACCGAGAUUACCGUGUCGUCGCUUUCUUCUGUUUCGCAAAAAAGCGUACCCAAACACACCGUAUCUCAUGACGAAGCGACACUAGUACAGGGAAAUGCAGGUACGGAUGGGCCUCGCAUCAUCCUUACAGAACAGAGCUCUCCAGAGCUCCUUGCAUCCGCGUGGCCUUGGUGGCUGAAAUGGACGACCUUGAUCUGCACCUUUCUGGUCCAAAUUUCUAUGAACUUAAAUGCCUCCCUGUACGCAAACGCGCAAAGCGGCAUUCGCAAGGAAUUCGGUGUCAGUCAGAUAGCCGCUGUCAGUGGCUCUGCUGUAUUCUUGGUCACGUACGCGUUUGGAUGUGAACUUUGGGCACCCUGGUCAGAAGAAUUUGGGAGAAAGCCGGUUCUUCAAUUCUCGCUUCUUCUCGUCAACCUCAUGUGUCUCCCUGUCGCCCUCGCUAGGCGCUCUGGAAAAUUCCAUGAUAUCCUUAUUGGGCGUGCUUUUGGUGGCCUCUUUUCCGCCGGCGGAAGUGUGACCCUUGGAGUUGUUGCCGAUAUGUACACUAUACGUCGCCAAGAAUACCCUCUUGCUUUCAUUGUCCUUUCUUCCGUUGGUGGUUCUAUCAUCGGACCUAUCAUUGGUGGAUUCCUCGAAACGUAUCUCGACUGGACAUGGUGUAUUUGGGUUCAACUCAUUGUCGGAGGUUCUGUUCAGCUGUUACACCUGUGUCUUGUGCCAGAAACCCGAUCUCCUAUUCUCCUUAACUUCCAUGCAGCGAAGCUACGCAAAAAUAAGCAGAAGGAAACCGGCGAAACGAUUAAUGUCUAUGGCCCCCAGGAAGGUAGGACUUGUAGGGAGAUUCUAGUUCCGAAGGAUCUUUUGAAAUUGUGGAUGCGGCCUUUCCGUAUGUUCGCUACUGAAAGGAUCGUGAUGGUACUAUCGACUCUCUCUGGAUUCAGCGACGCCUUGAUAUUUAUGCAAAUUCAAUCUCUUGGUCUCGUCUUCCAAAUCUGGGAUUUUACUAUCAUCCAAAUUGGACUUGCGUUCAUUUCCAUUGGCAUCGGUUACUUGAUCGGCUAUUUGCUUUUUAUCCCUAUCAUCAGUCGUAACCGAGCACUAAGGGCAAAGAAUCCUCACAGCGAGUACGCCCAAUACGAAUCAAGAUUAUGGUGGCUAUUGUUCACUGCACCACUACUUCCUAUCGGGUUGUUGAUAUUUGCUUGGACAAGUACCCCUGGAUCACACUGGAGUGGCCCGAUGUUUGGCUGCAUACUCAUCGGUAUCGCUAACUACACAAUUUACAUGACCACCAUCGACUAUAUGGUGGCCGCCUACGGCCCUUAUUCGGCAUCUGCAACUGGAGGCAACGGCUUCGCUCGUGACUUUCUGGCUGGUGCCUUGACGUGGGGCGCCGAGCCUUAUUACAACGCGUUUUCGGGUCCUUAUCGCCUUCAAAUAGCGAACACUGUCCUAGCUUGUAUCAGCUUAAUCCUUGUGGCGGCGACUUAUUUCGUCUACUUCAAUGGCGCGACCAUGCGCAAGAAUUCGCCUUUCGCCCAAUCUCUUGCCCACGACAUAGGCGACGCCGAUGCGGGGCCUUCCACAACUAUCUAGAUGGUCGUCUAUGACAGGGAGGUCUAAGGUCCACCCACAUACUCGUCUUGAUUGGGAGUAUCUUCAGUAGAGCUACGGGAAGGUAUCCUACAUGUACCACAUCAAUCAUCGAUCUUAUUGCUUUAUUGGUGUCAGCUCGAUAUACUGGUUAUGAUGGUGUAGGCGCAAUCCUUGGAAACUAGACGUCAACGUAGCCGCAAUUCAGAUACUAAGUAGG